GUUCAAAAAGCUUUUGAAGUACCAAAAGAAAAAUCAUUCCUUCCAAUAAAAGAUUUCAUAUGUAAUCCAAUGCCUCUAUGCAUAAAAAACAAAUUUCGGUGACUUUGGUAAAGCACGCUGCGGGAUUUCUUCCCGCACCUGAAGGUUGGCGAAGUACCUUUUAGCUAUUGGAAGUGGGAAAUUCAAAUCACAGAGGUUGUGUUUGGAACAAAUCAGAAAUUGGCAAAGCACACUGCCAGAGUACGUACUUACAGAUUUGAACCGAAGAGAGGAAUUACCAACCCAGAACCUAUAAGCAGAAAUGGAGGAUAGAAACCAAACAAAGACCGAAAGCAGAUCGGUUCGAUGCAUAGUAAAACUGGGGGGUGCAGCUAUUACAUGCAAGAAUGAACUAGAGAAGAUAAAUGAGGAAAAUCUUGAGACUGUAUCAUCACAGCUAAGGCAGACUAUGAUUGAGGGUUCUUGUUCUGGAAAAAUUCUUUGCAUGGACUGGAGUAAGAGACUGGGAAGUCAGGAAAUUUCUUGUAAUGCAGAUGACUUUGGCGAUAAGCAAUUUGUGAAGUCUAGCAAAUUUGUUAUUGUUCAUGGUGCAGGUUCUUUUGGGCACUUUCAGGCUAGCAAGUCCGGAGUUCACAAAGGAGGGUUGGACCAAGCUCUUGUCAAGGCGGGUUUUGUUGCUACACGCAUUUCUGUUACAACCCUCAAUCUUGAAAUUGUUAGGUCACUAGCCAGAGGCGGUAUUCCUUCUAUUGGACUAUCUCCAUUUUCGUGCGGAUGGUCAACCUCUAAAAGAAAUGUAGCCUCAGCUGACUUAUCAGUGGUGGAUAAAACAAUAGAUUCAGGUUUCGUGCCCUUGGAACUAAUGUCCUUUAAAUUGCUUACCAAUCAGGGCUGCACCAUAUUGAGUGGAGAUGUGAUAAUUCGUCAUCUUGCAGCUCACCUGAAGCCUGAAUAUGUUGUUUUUCUUACAGAUGUUUUCGGUGUGUAUGACCGUCCACCAUCCGAUCCUAAUGCAGUACUCUUAAGAGAGAUUGUUGUUAGUGCUGAUGGAGAUUGGACUGUUGUGAAACCGACUCUUCAUUGUACGAAUAAGCAAGUUGAAAUUAGCGUGUCAGCACAUGAUACUACUGGAGGAAUGGUGACGAAAAUUUCGGAAGCAGCAAUGAUUGCGAAGCUUGGAAUUGACGUGUACAUAGUGAAGGCGGCAACAAGCCACUCGUUGAGGGCCUUAAGUGGAGAAUUGAGGAGGAAUAUUCCUGAAGACUGGCUUGGUACAAUUAUCCGAUUUUCAAGAUAACAUAUAAAUGAUUUCGCAUCCAUUUCUUUAUUACUUCCCAUCAACAAUUUUGUAUUAUUAGAUUUGGUGCCGACUUCCAUUUUUGCUUGUAAUUUGGUAAUCCUGACAGCAGGCAACGCAAAACCUGUCUGCUCUUGAUACAAACUAUGUCAGUAUAUACUAACAGUCUGGUAAUUUAUCCCUUUAAAAUUCAAACUA